AUGGUGGAUGCUAAAACAGGAGAAAAAAUUUGAGCACUCAGAACAAACAGAAAACAGAUGGAAAGAAGAUGACAAAAAUAAGUCUAACAUUCACGGGUAACAGAAAUUGGAAUUAACCAUUAAAAGGAGCUAGCAGUCCUUUUUUCACAUGCCAACACUACUGAAAUCAAAUAAUUCACGCCCUAAAUUCAACUGUUUCUGUGAAGUAAGUAUGUCCCUACGUCCACCACCUAUUUUAAGAGUUUGUGCACUGGCAGUAUAUAAGUUUUUUUUUUUUUUACAUUAUAACAUUAAGUUGACCUACAAUAACAGAUAAUUAUUUAAUAACAAGUUUGAUAUAAAAAUCUGUUAUAACAGAUUAAACUGCACUAAUAAUAUCAAAACAAUUACACUAGUGAUAUAUAUAACUUAAAUUCUUAGUAUUUCUUUUACCCGUUCCCUCUUCCAUACCGUCAAGGGUGCUGGUUUGAAUUGAUUUCUCAUUGUACCAUAAUGUAUUUACUCUCAAAUUCUUCUAGUUUGUAUCUGCAAAUAUUCUUGGUUUUAUUGUGGUGUAUCCACACAUUGGAGUUUCUUGAAUUGGCAAGUGCAGCUACUCCAAAAGUGAAAGUUGGGAAUAUAUCAAAAGUGGAAGAUGCUUCAUAUUUUAGGAUAUACUAUGGACAGACCUUCAAGGUUAUCAAGAACACUCUUGAUGGCAAGAGUUAUCUUCUUAUCCAGAACAACACGAGAAUGGCCAGCAGAACAAAAUAUUGCACCUCAAGAAUAAAAUCUUUCGUUAUCCCACUAGCAAACUACUCGAUCGAGACUGAUUACUAUUUUCCAGUUUCAUUUUUCGAGCUUCUAGGCAUGUUGGGAAAUUUGAAAGGCAUAACAUCAACAUUUGUCGCCUCUCAAUGCGUACUAAAACUAUAUCAGGAUGGACAAAUAGAGAGCAUUAACAAGAGUGAGCCUCAACAACUUGCACAAUAUGCAGCUCACUUCAUUGCCAACACUGAUGAAACUCAACCCUGCAACUUUGCCACAUUUGUCCCUAUUGGUGAAGAUGCACCUCUCCAGCGUGCAGAGUGGAUAAAAUACUUGGGAGUUUUUGCGAAUUUGGAAAACAGGGCAAACCAAGUCUAUGAUGCAAUUAAGGAGAACUAUUUGUGCUUGAGCAAAUCUGCAACUAGUAAGACUUCAGUUAAACCAACUGUAUCUUGGAUGGAGUAUAAAGAUGGAGUGUGGUCAUUUACAAGAGAGCCAUACAAAUUAAAGUUGGUGGAGGAUGCUGGUGGAGUUAAUGUCGAUGAUUCCAUCAACAAAAUCACAUACAAUAUGUCCAUUCCUGAUGAUUUAGAAGAGUUUCAUGCCAUUUUGUGUACUGUGGAUGUAGUGAUAGAUGAAACAUAUACCUCAGAUCCAGUGGUCUAUAAUGCUUCCACAUUUCUUGGAAACAUCAAUUUGGAAGAUCAAUCUUGCUUUGCUUUUCUCUCAAAUCAAAGCUUGUGGAGAUAUGAUAAAAGGGUGCAAAACUCUACAGUCCUGGACUGGUAUGAUGGAGCUGUGUCUCAACCGCAACAGGUCUUAGCAGAUAUUAUUGAAGCUUUAUAUCCUACAGGAAACUAUAACACAACAUAUUUCAGAAAUAUUGCAAAGGGAGAAGGGAUCAUAAGCGUUGGUCCUGAAAUGUGUGAAAGAGACAGCUCCAUCGCAAUGGAACCUACAGUUGUAGCUUGCCAGUAGCCGCUGCUCUAUUCAGAUUCUUUGUCCUGAUUUUUGGUUCUUUUUCUUCACGCAUUUUGGCCUGACAAUUGUUCAAAUUUAUUGUACGUUCAGAACUGAAUAUUCUUCAUCAGUUACAGAAAGGAAAAGUUGAAGCCAUAAGCAUUUUGGUUAUUCAAAAU